GCUCCCGGCGCCGUUCGCUCGCCUCCUCGGCGCUGCCGGGCGGCCGCCUCCCGAGGGACGGGCUCGGCCCGCGGCGGCUGAGCGUGGCCGAGCGGGUCGGGAGAGGGGGCUGCCACCCUGAGGGCGGAGCUCGGCGGGUUCCGUACAACAAGAUGGGCGCGCCCGUGGCCCGGAGCAACUCCGGGCGCGCUCGUGGCAGGCAGCUCCCUCAGGCGCCGCGCAGCACCAGAGGAACGCCCGGGCAGCGCAGCGCAACGUCUCGCCGCCCCGCUUUCUCCGCGGCCCCGGCCUCGCCGCCGUCCCAUCGCCUCUCCCGGUUCCCCGGCGGCCUUCCGUACGACAAAAUGGCGGCCCCCGGCUCACGGCGGAAGCGCUGCGGCGCAGCCAAACCUUCCGACCCCCAGCGACAACCAACCGCCGCGCGGGCCGGCGGCGAGCGGCGCUCCGAUUGGACGCGCGGCGGCAGCGGGUUCGGCUGCGCCGGGGCGGAUGCGUCGGCGGGGCCGGCAGCGGGCGCAGCCCUCGGCGGGGCCGCCGCCAUGGACGCAGCUACUCUUACCUAUGACACUCUCAGGUUUGAAUAUGAAGACUUCCCUGAGACCAAAGAGCCUGUGUGGAUCCUAGGCCGGAAAUACAGCGUUUUUACAGAGAAAGAAGAGAUCCUGUUGGAUGUGACCUCUCGGCUUUGGUUCACCUACAGAAAGAACUUCCCUGCCAUCGGAGGAACUGGUCCCACAUCUGAUACUGGUUGGGGCUGUAUGUUGCGGUGUGGCCAGAUGAUCUUUGCUCAGGCCUUGGUCUGCAGGCAUUUGGGAAGAGACUGGAGGUGGAUAAAAGGGAAGAGGCAGAUGGAUAAUUACUUCAAUGUUCUUAAUGCCUUCAUUGACAAAAAAGACAGCUACUACUCCAUUCACCAGAUAGCCCAGAUGGGAGUUGGAGAGGGGAAAUCCAUAGGUCAAUGGUAUGGACCAAACACAGUCGCACAAGUGCUCAAAAAACUUGCCACUUUUGAUACGUGGAGUUCACUGGCAGUACACAUAGCCAUGGACAACACUGUAGUAAUGGAAGAAAUCAGGCGGUUGUGCCAGUCCAACUUCUCGUGUGCUGGAGCUGCAGCAUGCCCUGCUGUGGAGUCAGACGUACUCUAUAACGGGUACCCAGAGGAAGCAGGGGUUAGAGAUAGGCUCUCACUGUGGAAACCAUUGGUGCUGCUGAUACCUCUCCGCCUUGGGCUCACAGAGAUCAAUGAAGCCUAUAUUGAAACACUAAAGCACUGCUUCAUGAUGCCUCAAUCCCUGGGAGUGAUCGGAGGGAAACCAAACAGUGCUCACUACUUCAUUGGUUAUGUAGGUGAGGAACUCAUUUACCUGGAUCCCCACACUACGCAGCCUGCAGUGGAGCCCAACGACAGUGGCUGUCUCCCUGAUGAAAGCUUCCACUGCCAGCACCCUCCCUGCAGAAUGAGCAUUGCCGAGCUCGACCCCUCCAUUGCGGUGGGCUUUUUCUGCAACACGGAGGAGGACUUUAAUGAUUGGUGCCAGCAAAUCAAAAAGCUGUCCCUGGUAAGAGGAGCGCUGCCCAUGUUCGAACUAGUUGAGCGCCAGCCAUCGCACUUCUCCAACCCCGAUGUUCUGAAUCUCACGCCAGACUCCUCUGAUGCCGACAGAUUGGAAAGGUUCUUUGACUCAGAAGAUGAAGACUUCGAAAUCUUAUCCCUUUGAAAACAAAUAGGAAACUGACUCUGCAAAUUUGUGUUGUGUGGGGAGAAGGGGGGGGAGGGAAGCUCCUUCGAGAGCCUGGGGCUACCGGUUUUCAUAGGUGCUUGCUGCCAUCCCCGCCUCUUGUCCAUCCAUCCUGGCAUUCUGUGCAGCCUCUGAGCGGAGCGUGCAUUGUCUGCAGUGGGAUGAAGAACCGAGUGGGUGUUGCAGCCUUACUGGCUGGAGUUGGGUUUCCUCAGCAGAAAACACUUGCUGGAAGUGGAUGCAGUGGUGCCUACGAGUUCAAAGCCUAUCUGUUACAUCAGCAGGUCAGCUGCCCUUCUGGGGGAGUCAUGGGGGUUUUUAGUGCUAAAGCCUUAGGCAGGGACUCCCCUCCGAAGCUUAAAUAGAGCCACCCAUCAUUUAGCAGGUGAUGUGUACAGUUAAUUCCUCUAGCAGCUUCACUUCUCAGUGACCAACUUGGACUGAGCUCACACUGCAAGCUACCAGCAGACAUCUCCCAGUGAGACAGCUGUGAAGUCCCCAGAGUGCAGGUGGCUGGGUUUCCUGCAGUUAAACUCCUGUCCACGCUUUGCAGUACACAGCACUUCCUCACGGGUGCAGUACCCCUCUCCUACUCACGUCCUGACAAAAGGAAGGUGGGGUGACUUAGGAAUGAGUGCUAAUUCAAGUGAAAGGCUGUCCAGGAAAGUGUGGAGCAGCCAUGCUUCUGGGGAGGAAUCAGCCUAAAUAACAGCAGAAAGAGGGGAAGGAGAAUAGAAAGUGUGUGUUUUCUUGCUCAGUGAGUCAUUAACACGUGCUUCUAUACGUUGUGCUUCUAUGGUGGAUUGAUCUCUACAGCAAGUAUCUUCAAGUAAGUUGCUUUGAGCAGAGAACUGGGAUUCCACAGCAUUGGCGGGGGGGUGGGCGGGUGAAACACAGCUGGGGAGAGGUGAAACAGGACAACUGAGAUCUGCCAGCUGUGGGCCUGCUAGUGCCUGUGUGCCCGUGUGCUGGCAUAGCAUCUAGUGAGCAAUCUUGUUGGUACCAAAAAUGUGAGCUAUAAAAUUCCUCAAGGUGUCCUCUGAGCAGUUCCUCCUGUUACACAUUCCCUUUCCAAAUCCGAAAAGGUUCCUGAUGGUUGAGCAGGCCUCCUAGCUGUGCUGUUACCUUUCCAUUCGAUCUUCUGCAAAUUCUCUUCCCUGCAGAGUAUGCACAGAGCUACUGUAGGAGCUAAUCUGUAGAAACUCAUUUCAAGUAGUCAUCCCUAAGAGGUCAGCAAAGACAGAAUGUCAUAAGAAGGUCCAACACAACUAGACUGGAAAUUGUGGCUGCUUUUAAGAUAAUAGCUCUGCCUGUGGCCGUUAUCCGCACAAACAGACUUCAGAGAAAGGUAAACUGUGGAGGAGAGGUGUCGUGAUGCAAACUGCGGAUCUGUUUACAAGGUUUUGUACAUAUAGGAUCAGAACCUGUCAGUUGAUGCUUUUGUGCCCCAGGGUGGUGACAACGGGCUAGAAAUGACUCAUUUCCUCUGUGACUGACCUACUGAUGCUCCAGCUGUCCCUACGCUACCCAAAAGCAGAGGUUUGAACUGGGAACCACGAUGCUUCUGUCACUAAAUUAUUAUUUGCUGCUUUCUGCCUGCUUCUCCUCUUCUCUCCUGUAGUUAGGGGAAGAGGCAGCAGAGGAAGUGGGGCUGUGCUCCAUUCAUCUGCUUUCAAUUUGUAUCUGAAUAAACAAAUCUAAAAUCUU